AUCCGAUGGUACAUAUUUUCUACACCAGGUGUUCUGUAAAGAAGUGUGUACUCGACCGAAAAAUCUAUACACAUACAAAGACGUUAGGAAGCCAUUCAUAGUUAAUGUGUAUAAGUAGGAUUGAAAACAGUAGUUAUAUUAGUUCUUAUCGAGACAGCGACCUGUUAACUACGACUAUUCGGUGAACAUUUUGUCUUCUUUCAGCAAACUACCAUGACAUCUAUUAUGAAAUCAGCAUCCUCUACAGACAGAAUCAAUGACGCAUUAGCAACGCUAAAGAAAAAAAUGGUGGAUUUGAGACAACAAGAUGUCCACUUGAUGAAGCAGCUAAUCAGCAUCAACGAUACCAUCCAGAAACUUUCCAAACAGCGACCAGGUUUACAUGGUCCAGUUAAGAAGAAAUUCGCCAUUUUAAACGGUCGUCGAGUUUUUGUAAAUCACAAUGAAUCUAUUCCAGAAGAAACUCCUCUUGUCCGCCAGCAAAGUGUGCCCAACUACUGUAGUAUGAAUGGGAGUCUAAGUGGAUCUCUCUCAAGCAUUGAAGAUACAUGUGGUUCUAUGGAAGAUCUUAGUUCUGCUGAUUCUGAUAGCGAUGACAGCUUGUUUGGGUACGAACAAAACCUCAGUGACUCUUUCUCUUCCGCUACGUCAAGAUCACGGUCUGUAGCGAACGCCUCAGCCCACGUUACUAAGGAUUCCAACACGGAGUAUUACUCGUACGAGCAAAUCCUGAGAAGAAAUAUCAAGCUGUGGAAAUUUGCAAGAUCACAACAGCAUUGAUCUAUACGUAUACGUAUAAAUAUGUAUUUUACAACUUAAAAAACAUUCAAAAGAGUUCGAUGAUUUUGUGAACUUUUACAUACAUGUGUUCAGCCAUAAAAGUGUCAGGAAAUGGACAUGUGUCUCAUGCGGUUCUUGCAAAAAUGGGCAUAUCAGAACCUCGAAUCCUGUAAGACAGUUGUCUCGUCCUUAGUCAACUUUUUGAAGAAUCCGAAUUCGCGACGAACGUGGAAGAUAUUUCACUCAUGGUGCUCUAUGACCGUAUCAUUUGGUCAACAAUUCUAUUGACAAAACAUUGACAACAGACACCUUAGUUCUUAAAUAUGGUGAAAACAAGAAAUUCAUUAAUAACCAAAUACAUUUGUCUUUCAUGAACUAAUUGACAUUUUGCUCAAUCUACCUAAUUUAAUGUGUUCUACUGGUAUUGUCAUUUGUUAUGGUUGAAUGAAUGAAUAUGAUAGUAUUUAUGUGUGUAUUUUAUAAUUGAGAAAUUGAAUGUGUCUGUAUUCUGUUAUUAACGACAAGGAAUGGUCAGCCGAUGACUAUGCCAUUUAUAUGUAUGUUAUGUGACACAUGUACUUGUAUGUUACCAUUUUUUACGAAUGAGAAACUAUGUAGACUUUCGACCAAAUAGUGGCCGAUAAAAAAGUGUGUAAAUGUAUAUAUGUGCAUAGAUGUGUAGAAAAGCGGAAGAAAGUUGACUCUGUAUAAAAAAAAUAAACGACAUAAUGCAAUUUGCAUUUGAUUUACAUGAAUAAUAAAAU